CAGACAAUGCGUUGGGGAGGUACAGAAUGUACUGAACAACUGAGGGGCAUCAGUAGCGCACUCUAAAAACAGUGAAGCUGAGAAGGUACGAAAAAGAUAGGGAACGAGUGCGAGGAAACCGUGGGUAAGAAGUUAUCAAUAUCCGAUGGUGUCCAUGUCGGUGUGCUGUUCAAAAAGGACCACGUUGUUGUUCCAUUGUGAUUGUAGUGUUUGUCCGUGAUCCCGGGGGAGUUUGAUGAUCAAAUUGUAUGAAUAUUUUAAUGUGAAGGGAAUAAGUGUGAUAGUGCUUAUGUAGAAUGUCGGAAUUAAAACGUGUCGCACCACAGACCCUCGAGUUCUCUAGUUCCUCGGUUAAUGCAACUAAAAAGGAGAAGGGUGAGAAGGGAAAACGUCUCGAGCCCUCGUUUCGCUUUGAUCUGUCACUCGAUGACAAAAAUGAAGAUGGAUACUCCGAAUUCACGUAUACAGAUUUAAUUAAGUCUGCUGAGAAAAAGAGAAAUAAAGAGGCCAAGAGUACAGAGGAGAAUUCUGCAAAUGGGCUGGCCCCAUUCGCCGAUGAUGAUGAUCAUGAGAAGCUCCGGGAGAUGGCCAGACGAUUCGAGACUAAAUACGGAGGAAAUACCGUGGGUAAAAACCGGAAGAAGUAUGACGACGACGUGGAUCUGGGUGCAGGAUACGACGAGAACGAUUCAUUCAUCGACAAUACCGAUGCCUACGAUGAGAUUGUCCCAGCUGAUAUCACGACAGCCUACGGAGGAUUUUACAUCAACAGUGGACCCCUCGAAUUCAGUGUGAAAGCAGCCCAACGUGAUUCGUUGUUGCAUCGCAACAACAACAACAACAACAACAACGAGAAUGACAGCAGCGAGAGUAGCGAUGAUGAGAUUGAAAACAGUAAUAGUUCAGUAUCAAAAAGAAGGGGAACUCGCAGUCUCAGUUCCUCCGAUGAGGAUGACACUGAGGAGAUUGUCAGUGAACCUCCAUCCAAGAAAUCUAAAAUAGACGAGAAUGGCGAGAAAAAAUCGAACCACGAGGGUGUCCCCAAGAAGCGGAAAAAGCUCAUCUCAGAACAAGAAAUCGAUUACAACAGAUCGAAAAAUUCCAUUGACGACAAACGUGAUAAUAUGGAAAUCGAUCGACUGCCAAACGAUAAUCAAGAGGAGAGAAAGAAAUCGAAGAAUGAUCUGUCCAAGAAAGACAAGAAGUUUGAUAUGAAAAGAUUCGACAAAAAACCCAUGUGCAAUGGUCUUGAUGAGAAAAAAGCUCUUGACCUGAAGAAGCUGGGGGGAAAGACAGCUAACAUCGAUGAUGCCAUUGAGAGUGUUGUCAAUGAUGGAAAAAUCGACGACGAAUCCAGCCGUGAUACUGUGGACUCCAAUAAGUCACGUUGUGGAGUUGUGGGAACAUCUUCAGAUGGCGAGGACAACGACAAAGCGGAUUUACCUCUUCUUGAUCAACUCCCAGAUGACAUCAAGGAGAUAAUAAAUAAAUUGAAGAAACAAGCGGCCAACAGCAAGGAGGGAAAAACCAAGUUCUUCGAUGCUAAUGUUAACUCCACCUUAUUGCAACUUGAAAAGAAAUUGAGGAGAUUGGACUCGUCCUCAGCCCGCUCUCAGACUUACAGUCAUAUUUCAGAUUUUGUAGGGGUCAGCAAAGUGACGAUAAUCAAUCGUGCCAAGAAACUGUGCAGUCAGGACGCUGAUGAUCGCGUUAGUGGACCAAUCCACAGGUUAAAGAGGAUAAUUAAGGAGACUAUGCCGAUGGCUGAAGAAAAGUUUAAUGCUGAAUGCAAGAGGAUUGUUGAAGAGAAAGGGAUUCCUGCUUUGUUAUCCGAUGCCGACAGCAGCGAGACUGAUGACAAGACGUUGGAGAAGUUGAAGUAUCCACCAAAGCGCUACCCUUGGUCUCCAGAAGCGAAAAAAUUAGUCUGUGAAAUCGCGACUCUCUGGCGGGAGUAUUACACCAUUCGAAAACCGAGGAAGGAGAGUGUAGAAUCAUUUUUAUCGUCAUUCUUGAAGACUAAAAUUUUGUCCCUUUGGCCAGCGGGUUGGAUGAAAUAUAGUAUUUUAUGCAAAUAUACAAAUCCUGAGCCAUAUGCCAAGACAAAACAGAAAAAACAACGGGACACACCAGUUCCGAAUAAUGUACCCUCCACUGCAGUGUCAAACUGCAAUGUACCAUCGGAAAAUACAAACGCUAAUAGCACAGUGGCACCUAGUACCCAAGAGCGUGCCAAGUCUCCACCAACAUUUACCGAUAACUUUUCUUUCGGUUUCGCCUUGACAAUGCCACUGCAACAAUCAAAACCAUCAGAUCUCAUAAUUGAGAAGAAACAGACGAUAAAGUACAAGGAGAAGCACAAAGAAUCCUCUUCAACAUCUAGUCAAUUGAAUAAUUCAACAGCAGCACAGCCAAUCGCCAAGAUAUCAGUGGUGCCGACCUCUCAACUACUGGCGCAAAAGCCCAAGAAUCAUCCCGACAAAUUCAAUCCCCUGGACCUAACAAGCAGCUCCCUGUCAAUAACCCCUGUGAAUGAUUACCCAAAGUUAGCGAAAUCCCACAGCGAAAUAAAGAAAGACGUUGUAUCAAUAACCCCCUAUUCAGAGUCACCAGGAGCAGUGAGUGUAAUCACCGACCCAUCACACUCAGCAAAAUCCGACUCAAUCUGUUACUCAAUGUUAAACCAAAAUUCAAGCUCCAAGCCAGUGGUAUCCUUGAAACAGAGAAUAUUGCAGGACAGUACUGACAUUAAGAUUGAGAAGCUGUUGGGUAAGCGUGAAAGUGAUCCUUACAAAAUUAAUCACAAAGAUAUUAGAGACAGAUGGCUGGAUGAGAAGCACAAGUCUCACGAUUCCAAGAAAUCUCGUAAAGAGCACAAGCCCCUGGAGCAGAAUCAAGGUUUAAUGCAUUCUAAAGUGGAUGUAUCGAGUGUGAUUCAGCCACCGAUGCUUUCUAAAGAGGAACAAGAACAAAGGCAGAUUGAGGAGACGAUGGCAGCCACCAAUUACCUGAGUCGGAUAAUCAACGAUGAUUUGCCACGUUCAAUGAGCGAUAAGCGUAAGGAAUCUGGGGCUCUGGGGGACGAUGGAAUUGUCGGCAUUGUUCAGUCCAGCGAUGAACAGGAUAAGGAUGUCCAGAUGGUGAUGCGAUCCCUGAAAGAGCUUCAGGAACUUCAACUGCCUAAAUCCAGCGGUGAGUUUUCAUUUCCUGACGAUUAUCAUCGACUUUAUCCGAAAAAGGAUGACAAAAUGAGACUUUCCAAGGACGAUCAAUGGUAGUUACAAUAAUGUGCAAGAGAUGCUUCCAUUUAUUUUAAUAGGGAGGAGUUAUUCAAGGGAGGAUAGAGUAGGAUGUUUCAUUUUUUUAUGUCAUCGUGACUGAUUAUAUGAAAUUUAUAGCGUCAGAUUCCAGUUAAGUUAUAUAGAGAAGUUUUCUGGUAUUUUCUCAAUCAGGUCGAAAAGAGUGUACAUACACGCAUUGACGAAAGUGUAAUGUGUAUCCCAUUUAAUGUACAGUACUUAUAAACGAAUUUCUAUGUUAUACAGGUGGAAAUUGACAUCUCUGUAUGAUAAUUUGUGUAUAAUGCAGCGACGAGUGUUCGCUGAAAUUUCAGUCUCAUGGUUCUUUUAGUCAUGUGAACGAAACUAUGAUUUUUUUUAUCAUCCAUACCACGAAUGUUCAAUUUUCAUUAUUUUUAUCUGUGCUAGGGACUUCUCCUUUUUCUACUAGGUUCAGUGUGUUUAUUUGUUUUAGUAGGUAAAACAAUGAGUUUUUAGAAUAAAUUAUUACUGAAUAGACCUAAUUUUCGUAUUGAUAUUUGAUGAAGAGUAUUUUAAUUUUUACAUGUAUGUAAAGUGAUAAGUCUCUCGAGAAUAUAUUUCUGAAUGAAUUUUAGAAAUU